AUGUGUCAUAGUUGCAUGUGCAAGAUCGGUCCUUCUCUCUUGGCGUCGGAUCUUUCGUGUCUCAAGGAUGAGUCUCUCAAGGUGAUGGCAGCUGGUGCCGACUACCUCCAUUUGGACGUGAUGGAUGGUCACUUUGUGCCCAAUAUUUCGUGGGGUCCGCCCGUCAUUAAGUCGCUGCGGCCGCACACCAAGGCAUUCUUCGACUGCCAUAUGAUGGUGUCGAAGCCGGAGCAAUGGGUGUCUGAUAUCGCGGCGGCUGGCGGUGAUCAGUUCACUUUCCACUUGGAAUCGACGCAGGACCCGCUGGGCCUCAUUAAGCAGAUUCGCGAUGCCGGUAUGAAGGUGGGUCUGGCUAUCAAGCCUGGCACCAGCGCAGAGGCUUCUUACCCGUAUGUGGAUCUUGUGGACAUGGUGCUGGUCAUGACUGUGGAGCCGGGCUUUGGUGGACAAAGUUUCAUGGCCGAGAUGAUGCCCAAGGUGGAGACGAUCCGAGCCAAGUACCCGACGCUAGACAUUGAGGUGGAUGGAGGAUUGGGCCCCUCUACUAUUGAUGCGGCAGCCAACGCAGGUGCGAAUAUGAUUGUUGCUGGAAGUUCUGUGUUCAAAGCAAUGGACCCGAAGGCAGUCAUUUUGCAGCUGCGUCACAGCGUGGAGAAGUACGGCAACGGCAAAGCGACGACCUGUUGA